AUGGGACUUCAGAGAGAGGACGUGUGCCUGCAGGUUGAGAACAUCAUCUGGUCCUCCCACAUAAGGCUUGCCACUGUGAUGCCAGGGGGAAAGGGACAUCCGGCUACCAUCAUGGUGACCAACCCUCGCUAUGAGGGCUGAGUGAGCUUCCUGGAGCCCACCUACUCCCUGCACAUCAGCAAUCUGAGCUGGGAGGAUUCGGGGCCUUACCAAGCUCAAGUCAACCUGAGGAAGUCCCAGAUCUCCACCAUGCAGCACUACAAUCUUCAUGUGUACCGAUGGCUGUCACAGCCUCACAUGACUGUGAACUUUGAGAUCUCUGGGGAAGAAGGUUGUAAUAUGUCCUUGACAUGAUCCGUAGGGAAGGCAGGCCUGGAUGUGACCUACUGCUGGAUAUCCUGGGAGGACGGCACUGACACGGCCCACGAAGGCUCUGUCCUCAGCACGUCCUGGAGGCCCGGGGACAAGGCCGUCUCCUACACAUGCCGGGCAAACAGCCCCAUCAGCGACAUCAGUUCCUGUCUCAUCCCUGCUGGGCCCUUCUGUGCAGAUCUUGGCUACCCUUCGGAGAAGUCCUCCACUUCCUUCUGUCUCCUGGCCAAGGCAUUGCUCAUCCUCUUGCUUUUUGUAAUUCUUGCUGUGGGGCUCUGGCUCAUCCGAGUCCAGACAAGAUGCAAAAUGCCAAGAAUGAAGAAACUCAGGAGAAACAGAAUGAGACUGAGAAAGAAAGGGAAGCCUGGCCCCAGCCUGGUCUGAUGGCCCCCUGGGGACCCCUGUCCUGAGCAUUGUUUCUUCCCAGCCCCAAGGGAGACCUUCUUCUCCUUCCCAGACUCAUCGCUUCCCAGGGGGCCAAGGGGUGGGUGUCCCAAGGGCCAUGCUCCCCGAGGGAAGAUUGUCUGGCAGUAAAGUCAAAUUAGGUGACCUGACUUGGGAGGAGCUAUUUGGUCCUUCACUGGGUGACUCUGGCAAAACCUGCUUUCCUGCCUUUUCUUCCAUUCCAGUUGCACUCUUCCAACCCCACGUGCUUCCCACACCUGCCUUUGGGAAGGAAAGUGAGU